AUGAUACGUCUUGUCGCCGUGGUCUGAGAAGUGUGACCUAUGUCAUAUUGUGUGUAGCUGCACUCGGUAGACGUUAUUAAUGUUUUGGCUUUAGUCGACGCUGGUCGCAGAAGAUCGUUGUAUCGAAUUAACGCGAAAACACUAUAGCCGAAUCUCCUCCACCACCAGUAGACAUUAAUAAUUUCAUUAUAAUAGGAGGGUAAGACAAAUAAUAAACACAUCUGUCUACGAAUUAAGUACAGAUUAGAAACAUGGAUUUAAGAUACAUGACUCAACAAGAUUGUGCAUACAAUGAUUAUUACAUGCUGCCAGAUUCUCCAUAUCCGCUGUCACCUUAUACUCAAUCAUCGUACAUGUCAAGUACACUGUCACCUUAUUCAUCACUUUCUUCACCGUACACAACCUCAAUUAUAUCUCAAUCUCAGGACAUGACACUCAACAACAAUGUUUUCAAAUUUCCAGAUCCACGAGAAUCUUAUAUUCCAACUCGCAAGGAUAUUAUCAGACUAACAAUUGCGAAUGCUAAAAGUAUUGCUGAAAUAGAAGAGUUCGGUCAAUAUUUGAUUUCUUCGGACAAUAGGCAUGUGUUCCAAAACAACGGUCAAAAAACAUUAUUGCCAACUGUGAAAGAAGAACCAAAACGGGGUAGUGAAUUAUACGUGGCUUUGCCAAAAUCCUGUUUGGAAGGAUUUUUAUAUGCGAUAUUCUCUCAAUUUGGAGAGAUUCACCAGAUUCGCCUAAUGAUGCAUUUUACGGGUUCUAAUCGUGGCUAUGGAUAUGUUAUGAUGAACAAUCCUGUUCAAGCGGAGGAAGCUCUUGUAAAGCUAAACGAAUUUCGUUUGCCCGGUAUAAAAAGUCAGUUAUCGGUCAACAUGUCUACCGAUAACAGAACGCUAUUUGCUCGGUCUAUACCAAAGGACUUGACAGAGGAACAGUUACAAAUGGAAUUUGAAAACAGAGUUGAAGGUGUAAAGAAAGUUCGAGUGUUUAAUGAUGAACAUGACCCCACCCAAAAUAGGGAAUUCUGUUUUGUUAUAUUUAAGGACCAUCGAAGUGCUGCAUUGGCUCGACGAUCGAUGGCAGAAAAUCCACUAUUUCUAGAUGGAGCAUCAAUUACAAUUCAGUGGGCGUCCAGUGAACCGGUAUUUAGUCAUUCAGUCUUAUCACGAAUGAAAAAAUUACAUGUUAAAAACAUGAACGCUCGAACGACGGAAGCAGAUUUAAUUAAUUAUCUAGUUAAAUAUGUUGACAGAGAAAAUAUAUCAUUUAUCAGGAAAAAAAACACUUGUGCUCGAAUAGAGUUCACUAGACACGAGUAUGCUGAUCUCGUACGGAAAAGCCUUGACGGUGAAAAAAUUCAUGGAGUCAAACUCGUUGUCAUGUGGGACAAACUCGAAGGAGCCAAAUAUGAAAAAAAUACAUCAAAAGGAUAUCAAUGGACCUGAGAUAAUUUGAAUCAAACUUGUAAAUAAUUAUAUUUAUAAAUAUUAGGCUCGAUAAAAUUGACUCCACCUUUUCUUUAUACUUUAUAGUUAAUAGUUAAAACUAUAUUUGUUCAUUAUUUUUAAUAUUAUUAUGAAAUCUAUGUUAACAAUAUUAAAUUAAUGUGCAUCACAUCUAAAAUAUUACUUACCAACUUCGGUUUCAUUUAAAAAUAUGGGUUCCACAUUUACAGAAUGCUCGGUUGUUAUGUUUUCUAUUGCGUUCCUCAUGUGAAUUCCUUUUUUGCCCUCGGCUCCGCAAGAUACUAUAAAUUUAACAUAUGAUUCUUGUUCUUCAUAAUUUCCACAUAAAUACUCGAACGACUUUUCAACCUAAAAUUGAAUACCGCAUAUAGUAUUAUAUAAAACAAUUUUUUUUCAACUACAAAAUUAGAAAUAGUAAACUACUUGUAAUUAUUAUCAAAAUAUUUUAUUAUAUUUGUAAGAUGUAGUGUAACAUGAUCAUUAAUAUAUAAAAGUUAUUGUUAUCACCUAAUAAUAUAUUUAAGAU